AUAAAUCAUUCAUUUCUUAUGUAAUGUUGUUGCAUUUUAUUCUUCUGUGAACAUUCUGAAUAAUUGAUCAUCAUUUUAUAUUAACAGUAUUUCAAUAGAUUUAACAAGGUAAUUUAUGCUUGAUAAUUUAAUACUACUGCUACUACUGCUACUGUUAUUGCUGCUACUACUACUACUACCAUAACUGUUACGUUUAACAAUACCAUUUUUUCUUUCAUGUUGCUGUGUUAAUAAGUCCAUUUUUGUAUACAUGUGUGCACACUAAUGUUAUUUGCUUUAUUUCUUGGCCAUAUUUCAUUCAUCUUAUCUUUUGUGAUGAUUUCGUAUGUUGAUCAACUGAAAUUAUAACCACCAGUUUAUUAAUCACUUGAAGAUGUUCUUGAAAUUCUAGUGGAAAGUUGUAACUGAUGAAGUUCAGACAUGUGAGGAAUGAAACAGUUAUUACCAAUAACUUUGAAUGUCGUCGAACUAUUUCACAAAUUGAUUAAAUUUCGAAUCCUACCGUUGUAUGCCAGCCGAGUGGUUUUAAUGAUCAAGUGUUCACCGAUGUACCUGAAGGUUCUAGUUUCGAUACAUGGUGACAUCCGUUAUGGUUAAUUUUAGGGAGUCCCAUUAUAAAAUGAAGCAGCUAUUUUUUACUUUCUAGUUUAUAGUAGUAUCUGAACUAAAAACAAUCUAUGGCGAAUACGACUUAUAGAUUGAAAUUAGCUUUGGAUGAAUCUUCGAAACCCAAGGCUCAGUGAAAAGCGGCUUUUUAAUCCCUUACAGUCCACAUGGCAUCAUUGAUUCAAUUGACUAUCUUCAGGUCUCACGAUGAGUAAACUAUAUGUAAAUCGAUCGAUUGGGAAUACUGUUGUUCAUAUUUCUUAUGUACGUACAAUUUAUAUACUACCAUAAUCCUGUGUUAUCGAUGGAUAAGUUCCUUACUACCAAGUGAUUGAACUUCACUGGAUAUAACUUUUCAUCAGAAAUUCCCAUUGAAGAACAUCAUUAAUGGCUUUGUGGUAAUUAAUACAUCAUGAUCAGGAUUUUCCUGACACAAGUGCUAAAGUGUUUUAUAAAUGUUUACUUCGAAUUCCUGACGUUUAAUUAGUGGAAGCUCUUAAAAUUUGUGAGAUCUUUCGUAACCUUUGAUUUUCCUUGUUAUCUAAUAUUUUUUAUGCUCGUUGUUUUGCCACAUGUGUCUCGAACUCCAUCCCACCGUACCUUUGGACGUUACAGUUGAAUCAUUAACCCCUCAUUAAAUUUGACGCAUAGCUGAAUAUGCAAAUGAGUACUUGGUCAAUAGAUUGCAUUCUGAUCAGAGUGUUUCUUUUAAUCCAAUUUCAGUCAUAUCUCGUCUAUUAAAUACUACACUGUCUAGUGCAGAAAAAUGAUAUCUAUGGAAAUGCGAAUCACUAAAAUAACAGCUAAAUAACAUCGCUUAUCAUAGUAGGUAUACGUCACCGAAUAAUUGUAUUCAUUCAUGUGUAGAACUUUCCAGCUCUAUGAACCCUAUACUUAAUGUGUACAUAACAUAGACUAUUGGACUGAAAUUCGAUUAUCCGAACUUCGUAAAAUGAUAUACAGUUGAAUUAUCAGAAGGGGUUUUGUGGAGAAUUUUUUAGAAAUUUCACUCAUUGAAAUCAUGUGGUGGUUCGGGGUUCGAAUCUCGCGGGGUGCGGGAUCGUGGAUGCGCACUGCUGAGGAGUCCCAUAUAAUAGAAUUGUAAAAUUCUACAGUAGCUAAUUAAACCGAUGAUUAGGUUCUUUGUGUGAUGGUUUAAUAAUGAUUUGAAAUUGAAAUCUUGGUUAUCUUCUUUAUUAAAUCACUUGAUUUCAUGAAUACAUAGGCCUUUGACCUUAAAAAGAAGUGGAAAUUAUCAUCACAUAGUAAUGAAGCAUAACUCUUCAUAGUCAGAUUGAACAUUCACUUUAUACUAAUACUACUAUACAACAAAUAUUUCACGAAGGUAAAGUUUCUUCUGAAAAACUCUGUAGUUAUUUUCUAGAUAAAGGAGUUUUUUGUUACUAUGCACGUGUAUCAUAAAUGGAACUCAUGGUGUACUACAGUUUAUAUGGAUCGAUUAUCAUGGUUAUGCUCAAAUAUGUCAUCACUUAUAAAAGACUAAAGGUGAAAAGUACAAAUAACAAGGUGAAAGAGUAUGGUAUGAUCUUCCAUGAUUAAAUUAGUUUUGACAGGAAAUGUUUUCAAGUUAUAAAUUAAGAUGGUUUGAAUUAAUUUUAAUUUAUUGUAAAAUGUGAAGGAAUAAGCAGUAAUAUCAGUCAGUUACAAUGUAGGACCAAGCACAAAUGGGCAUCGGUUCAAGUUGCCAUACCUCAUUAGCACAACAAGAUGAACAUCGAACACAUAGAAGUGCUUAAUUCAAUAGUGGUAGUAAUAUAUAAAAGAAAGAAUUAGUUCGUAGAAAGAAAGAUAUGAAGCGAUUUUAAUCUUUUAGUUUAAGAGAAGACGGAGAGUGUAUAAACCUACCCCAUUCUGAUCGAUCGAUUCUGAGUCAUGUCACCCACAGUCUCCAACUAUUGGUUACGAUAGUCACAUGGACCCCAACCAAGUAGUCUGCAUCUACCAACAUGGCUAAGACCAGAUAUUAAUGUGUUCAAGCACUGAUGCCAUGUUUGGAUUUGGCCGCCCCUGACGGUAAUAUCAAAGUAACUGAGACUGUUAUGUUGAAAGUAAUCGUGUGAUGUGUUCGCAGAUUUCUGGUUUUACAAUAUGUAUGAUCAAUGCUUGCAUAAUACAUAAGAGAUUUAUAUGUGUACCUUUUUAGUAAAUUCACUUUGAUCAUAGAAGAUAACCACUAAUAAUGGGUCGAAUAGUAUGUAAUUAUCAUGAAUAUUAUGUUAUAGAAUUGUUGAUUUCAAAUAUGUUCUUUGUUCUUCAUUAUGAUCCAUCUCCUGAAGAGGCGCUUGUUUAUUAUAACCAUAAUACUCAUUUUCAUUAGUUUUAUAUCACUACAAUUAAUCAAUAACAAAAUCUUUUCUUUAAAAAAAUAACAACAGUGUUUUACUGAAAUAAAAACAAUAUUUAAUGAGACUAUCAUUUGUGGACGACCCUAUGAACGACGUUUAAAAGACCUUUGAAGUGUCUACCUAUAUACAACAACUAAAUAACAGUUAGAAACCAGUGUGAGAUAUUCGAAUCAACUGAUUCACAGUGGAUAGUUAAUGGUUAGGAAUUAGAUCUAUAAUGCCAAAAUGAUAUUUAGCUAAAUAAAUGAAUGAAUGAAUGAAUUUCGCGCCAAAAUUCAAGAUUUGUCAUCUUAAAUCUGAUUGGUUCGUCCAUAAAUUAUAAUCUCGCCCAAUAUUUCUCUGACUCUAAGUGUGUGUGUGUGUAUCUAUGUAUGUCCGAAAUGAUUGUUGUUUGUUUCUAACACAUUACAAAUGUACUUCAUUAAUAGCACACCUAUGCUAUAGUCAAUUUUAGAAAUCAUUUAAUACUGUUAAUAUUAUUACAUCAUUCUCAUUUUGUGUGUUUGUGUGUGUGUGCGUUCGUGGGUGUUGGAGCACAUUUCAUAUCUCACCAUCCUUUUUAUGAUUACUAUCUUAAACUAUAAACGGGAUUAUUGUUCAUAUGUCAGAUAAUAUUCCUCAAUGUUAUUGAAAUGAUCAGUUUAAGGGUUGUGGAGAUUGUUAAGUUUUUGAUUAACAUCAUGAACCGAUUGAUGUUAGACCACUAUUGAAAACCUGGAAGCACUAGAUGGCCGUUUCGUUCUAUUGUGGGACUCCUCAGCAGUGCGCAUCCAAUUUGUUUCAAUAGAGAUUAGAUAUGUAAUAUUGGCCUUUGAAUCAAGUUAUCUCUUUAUAUUUGUUACUUAUUGAUCAUAGUUAUAAAGCCAGACUUGAUAUUUCAGUAUUUUAUGAGGUUAGUUCCUUUUUUUGUGUGUGUAAGAAUUAGAGCAAAUGCAAUGUAAUAGAUACAUUGCAACAAACUCAAAUUUCUUUCUACACUGCUAAUCCAUUGGGGUUUCCCCGCGUGGGUUCGAAUCCCAUCCCCGUCGCCAGUUGUUAUAUCUAGAAGGUUGUUAUUGAUAUACAGCAUAUAACGUGGGCACUAGAACGCCAAAACCCUUCCAAGUCGCAAUGAGAAGACAGAAGACUAACGAAAGGAAUAUUAUUCCCAGACAGUGUCAGUUAUAGUACAAAAUCGUCAAGUAUUUAUACUUUUUAGUAAGAACGAAGUCAUCAAUAAAGUCCUCCAAUCCGCAUACUGGAGGUUAUUAGUAUUGUACAGUCUGGAAGCUACACGUAGGAAUUCUAGAACAUUCUUCCAAAAGGUGAUUGGAUGGAAUAUCUUCGGCUCUUGAGCCUCCUACAACUUCCUCUUGUUCACCCGUGGUCCGUCGUCACAUUUUCAUUCUGCCUAUUUCAAUUGAUAAUAAUCUUUUUUUUCUAAUUUUUUUUGCUUCAGACUGAUCCUCAAAGAGAACCAAUUCAUAUAUUAAAUAUUGCUCUACGUCAAUCUACAUAUAGAUACAUACAACCUACUCGCAUAUUAUCAUCAUCGAAUGAUGAUACAUCAAUGUCGUCAAAAUCGAGACCUUCUGGAUUCACUAAAAACUCAUUGCUACUACCUGAUUCAGUAAUUAAUGAAACAAGUGAUGUGACACAUUUAGAAGAAUUCUGUUCUCGUCAUGUUGAUCAAUUACGAGCAUCUGGUAUUCGAAGAAUUACUUUCUUAGUUGUUAAGACACGUGAAUUCCCACGAUUGUAUACUUUUCGUGCACGUGAUAAUUAUCGAGAAGAUCGUGUUUAUCGGCAUUUAGAACCAGCUUUAGCUUUUCAAUUAGAAUUAAAUCGAAUGAAAAAUUAUAAUCUUGAACAUUUACCAACAUUAAAUCGUCGAAUGCAUUUGUAUUUAGGUUGUAGUAAGAUAAAUGGAAGAAAAGAUGUAGUAGAUUAUCGUUUCUUUGUUCGUUGUAUUAUUCGUCAUGCUGAUUUAGUUUCACGUGAAGCUUCAUUUGAAUAUCUUCAAUCAGAAGCUGAACAAAUUCUUUUAGAAGCAAUGGAUGCUUUAGAUUUAGCCUCAGGACAUCCUGAUGCUAGUCGAACAAUGGGAAAUCAUAUAUUUUUAAAUUUUGUUCCUGUAUUACUCUUAGAAGAUAUUAAUAGAUUAAAGUCAACAAUUAGAAAAGUUGUAAUGCGUUAUGCUCGACGUUUUCUACGUUUACGCGUAUCUCAAGCAGAAUUAAAAUUACAUAUACGAUUUCAUGCAUCUGAUCCUAUUGUACCAAUUCGUGUUAUGCUUCGUGAUGAACAUGGUUAUGAUUUAGGAUUAGAUGUUUAUCGUGAAAUAUUAGAUCCAAUAACUGGUAUUUAUAUUCUACAAUCGAUAAGUCCACCGAAUGGUAAAUUAAAUGGACAUCCAGCUGUUACAGCACAUGAGAAUAAAGAUUUUUUUGAAGUUAAACGUUUUCAGGCCAGAAAAUUUAACACCACUUAUGUUUAUGAUUAUCCUGCAUUAUUAGCUCAAGCUUUAACUGGUGUAUGGCAAAGUUAUUGUCCUUAUAGAAAUCAAAAACAUCAUAAUCAUAUUAUAAAUGAUUCAUUAGAUAAACCAAUAUCCUACUUAACUAAUAAUAAUAAUGCUUUAUCAAAAUUUCAUAAUUUAAUCCCUUUAAAUAUACCAGAGAAUUUAAUAAUUACAUGUACUGAAUUAUCAUUAGAUAAACAUGGUAAUUUACAACCAAAUACAAAUACUUUAGGUACAAAUGAAAUUGGAAUGGUUGUCUGGUAUAUGGUAUUACGUACACCAGAAACUCCAUCUGGUCGUCCAAUUAUUGUUAUUGCAAAUGAUGCAACAGUUAAAGCUGGAUCAUUUGGUCCUGCAGAAGAUUUAACAUUUCAUCGUGCUAGUCAACUAGCUCGACAUUUUGGUAUUCCACGUAUUUACUUAGCAUCGAAUACUGGUGCACGAAUAAAAAUUGCUGAAGAUAUUAAAAGUGUAUUCAAUAUUGCUUGGAUUGAUGCUGAACAUCCUGAAAAGGGUUACAAAUAUUUAUAUUUAACACCCGAUGAUUAUUAUCGUUUUAAAUAUGAUGAAUCUGUGAAUUGUGAAAAAAUUGAAGAAAAUGGAGAGAUACGUUUUAAAAUUAUCGAUAUAAUUGGCAAAGAAUAUGAUAUGUCUGCGGAAAAUCUUCGUGGUUCAGCAAUGAUUGCUGGUGAAACAUCUGCAGCGUAUGAUGAUAUAUUUACUAUUACAAUUGUUACAAAUCGUGCUAUCGGUAUUGGAGCUUAUUUAACACGUCUUGGUCAACGAGUUAUUCAAGUGAAUAAUUCACAUAUUAUAUUAACUGGUGCAAUGGCUCUUAAUAAACUUCUUGGCCGUGAAGUAUAUUCUAGCAAUAGUCAAUUGGGUGGUGUACAAGUGAUGGCAACUAAUGGUGUCUCUCAUUUGGUUGCAUCAGAUGAACUCUCUGCUUUACAAUUAGCUAUUGAAUGGCUUAGUUAUAUACCUCAACGUCCAAAUGAAACAUUUUCUGUUUUAUAUAAACCAGUACAAAUUGAACCAGGACAUAAUUUCAAUAGAAAUAAUUUAGCUAAAAUUGAAAUCUCAUCACAAUUAAAAGUUCAUCAACCGAAAGUGAAUAAACGAACUGAUUUUUAUUUACCAUUUGAUCCUAUUGAUAGAAUUGUUGAAUAUAUACCUAGUCGUGAUCGACCAAAUGAUGAUCCUCGAUGGAUGUUCACUGGUAUUAUGAGU